AGGAGCCCGGAGAUUGCGGGGCGGGGCGGCGCCGCGCUGGUUCCGGCGAGGCGCGGGGUCCUGUGCGACCGGCGCUGAGAGACGCGGCCCGGCCCGCCCGGAGGAGAAGCCCCGCCAGUGAACGGAGGCUGCACUGGUGCGGGGUACGAUGGCCACGUCAGCCCCGCUGCGAAGUCUGGAGGAGGAAGUGACCUGCUCCAUCUGCCUCGACUACCUGCGGGACCCUGUGACCAUUGACUGCGGCCACGUGUUCUGCCGCAGCUGCACCACUGAUGUGCGCCCUAUGUCGGGGAGCCGCCCUGUCUGCCCACUCUGCAAGAAGCCUUUCAAGAAGGAGAACAUCCGGCCUGUGUGGCAGCUGGCCAGCCUAGUGGAGAACAUCGAGAGGCUGAAGGUAAACAAGGCCGGGCAGCCGGGAGACACAGCCCAGGAACCACAAGACACCAAGCUGUGCGGACGGCACCAGGAGAAGCUGCAUUACUACUGCGAGGACGAUGGGAAGCUGCUGUGUGUGAUGUGCCGGGAGUCUCGGGAUCACCGGCUGCACACGGCCGUCCUGGUAGAGAAGGCCGCCCAGCCCCACAGGGAAAAAAUCCUGAACCACCUGAGUACGCUAAGGAGAGACAGAGACAAAAUUCAGGGCUUUCAGGCAAAGGGAGACGCUGACAUCCUGGCCGCGCUGACAAAGCUGCAGGAGCAGAGGCAGUACAUCAUGGCAGAAUUCAAGCAGGGCCACCAGUUCCUGAAGAAGCGGGAACAGCAUCUCCUGGACCAGCUGGCCACCCUGGAGCAGCUGCUCACGGAGGGCAGGGAAAAGUUCAAGACCCGGAGCGUCGGGGAGCUGGCCCGGCUGGCUCUGGUCAUCUCCGAGCUGGAGGGCAAGGCCCAGCAGCCAGCCGCAGAGCUCAUGCAGGAUACCAGAGACUUCGUGAACAGGUAUCCACGGAAGAAGUUCUGGCUUGGAAAACCCAUCCCUCACAUGGUUAAAAGGAAGACCGGAGAAUUCUCAGAUAAAGUCCUUUCUCUGCAGCGAGGCCUGAGGGAAUUCCAGGGAAAACUGCUGAGAGACUUGGAGUAUAAGACAGUAAGUGUCACCCUGGACCCACAGUCAGCCAGCGGGUACCUGCAGCUGUCGGAGGACUGGACGAGCAUAACCUACAGCAGCCUGUACCAGAGCACCUACCUGUACCCCCAGCAGUUCGACUGUGAGCCAGCCGUGCUGGGCAGCAAGGGCUUCACCUGGGGCAAGGUGUACUGGGAGGUGGAGGUGGAGAGGGAGGGCUGGUCCGACGAGGAAGAGGAUGGGGAUGAGGAGGAAGAGGGGGAGGGGGAGGAGGAGGAAGAGGAGGAGGAGGAGGCGGCCAGCUAUGGGGACCGCUAUGAUGGUUGGGAGACGGAUGAGGAUGAGGAGUCGCUGGGGGAUGAGGAGGAGGAGGAGGAGGAGCAGGAAGUGCUGGAAAGCUGCAUGGUGGGGGUGGCCAGAGACUCUGUGAAGAGGAGGGGAGACCUCUCCCUGCGGCCGGAGGACGGGGUGUGGGCGCUGCGCCUCUCCUCCUCCAGUGUCUGGGCCAACACCAGCCCCGAGACGGAGCUCGUGCCUGCGCUGCGGCCCCGGAGAGUGGGCAUCGCCUUGGAUUAUGAGGGGGGCACCGUGACUUUCACCAACGCAGAGUCUCAGGAACUCAUCUACACCUUCACUGCCACCUUCACAGGGCGCCUGGUCCCCUUCCUGUGGCUCAGGUGGCCGGGAACACGCCUCCUGCUGAGACCCUGAGCCCCAGCCACAGAUGUGUCAUUUCUUCGGGGGCCCAGGACUCUGGCGGGGAGGGGUGCCUGGCAGAGCACGUGGAGCAGAGGGAAGACGGACCUCUUGCCCACUGCCACCCACUUGGCACCACGGUGGCCCCGGACCUCACUCAGCACGCUCCGGCUGCGUUGCUCUAGCCAGCUUCUCUCCCCGCUGUUGGUUUCCCGUGGGACCUUCUGACCGGAAGUCCAUGAGGACCUUUCUUCCGUUUGGUCACUCGUGCCCCCACGCCGCGCUCUGUUGGGUGAGAAACUGAGGCAGCGUUUUCUGGCCCAACGUGGUGCCUGUGCUGGCUGGUCUUGAGAAGGACAUUGGUUACAUCUGAGACCGUCUGGAUGUCUUUCAAACACUGUGGGCUCCCCAUUCCCAGAUCUCUGCUCCCCCUCCUCCCUGGCGUUUUGAGCAGACCGAUGCCCACCCCAGCUGGGAGGUAAAGGUCCGUAAGAUGUGGAAAUAGAGAGUCAGAAUCCGCUCGGGUGGAGGAGGCGUCCCAGGCCAUGGGCCCAGCUGCUGGAAGCGCUAGUACUAAUCACUUCCCCACGGCACCGGGCUCAGCAGUUGGGUUCCCAUGGCUGGGGCCUCCCUGGAACCGUCUCUCAUCUUGUGGGAGGAUCUGGGCCAUGUGAUGAGUUAACAGCUGUGAUCAGUGAUGGUUAAGUUACCCGCCAGGGUCCUUGUGAGGGGAAUUUGUAAAAGGAUCCAGAACAUCUCGCUCGUUACCCAUCGUCGGAAAACCAACCGGAUGCCAGGAGAUCAGCGCCUCCCCGCUCCAGGUGCUCCCAUCUCUUCAGAGGUGCGAAGCUUGUGUCGCUGGCCCUGCUCAGGGCUCAGGCUCCCUUCCUCGCAGAGGCGCGGAGAGAAGACGGCUGGGCAGGGAGCAGGGAGGCAGGCGGUGGAGUCCAGGUUUUCCUUCCAGAGGGGAAUUGAAGGCUCAGUACCUGCAGACCCAGACCAAGUCCCCAUCCUUUUUCAGGGACCCCCUAGUGCCCCCCCAGUUUAACAUGAGCCCCACAGUUCAACCAAAGUAAUCCCCAGUCUUCAUCCUCACCCACCCCAGGUGCUCACCGGUGCCCUGCUGCCCCCACCCAGACUGCACCCAAGCACUGUGGGUCUCGGUGGCCUUUCAGCCGCCAUGAACGUCGUCCCAUACUCCCCGACCCAUGUCACAUGCUGCCUGAGUUGCACCUACAUCUUAUUUCUGCCUCUAGUUUUGGUCAGCUCCUGGAGGGCUGACCCCAUCUCUUAAAACUUGUAUUCUCCAUGGCACCUAGCACAGUGCUGAGCACAAAGUAGGUGCUCAAUAAAGACUUGUUGAAUGAA